ACUAUAUACCAGGCCUCUAGGCCCUCAACUGUCUUCGUCUUCUAAUCUUUCCUAAAUGUCCUUCUCUUCCCAACACCCCAUUAUGGCUACGGUGAUCUCCAACUCAUCUGAGCUCAUGGAGUUUAUCGUCAAAAAAGGAAACGGAAUCAAGGGUCUUGCUGAGACUGGCCUAACUAGUGUCCCCAAACAAUACAUCCAACCCAUGGAGGAGAGGAUAGACAUUCACAACGUCAAAAUUGAGAACUCUAUUCCUGUGAUUGACAUGGCGAAUUGGGAUGACCCUAAGCUGGAUGACUUGAUCUGCGAUGCUGCAGAAAAAUGUGGUUUUUUUCAGGUUAUCAAUCAUAGGGUUCCUCUUGAUGUUUUGAAGAGUGUGAAAGAUGCAACUCAUAAAUUCUUUGGAUUGCCAGCUGAUGAGAAGUUGAAGUACACUAAAGAGAUGUCUCCAUCUAAAAAUGUUCGCUAUGGAACCAGCUUCAUUCCUCGAGCAGAGGUAGCUCUUGAGUGGAAAGACUACCUCAGUCUCUUCUACGUAUCAGAUGAUGAAGUUUCUGCCUACUGGCCCAAAGAGUGCAAGGAACAAGCGAUGGAGUUCAUGGAGAAAUCUGAACCUCUGGUGAAGAAGCUUUUGAAGGUUCUAAUGAAAAGGCUUAACGUGAAGGAUAUCGAUGAAGGAAAAGAGUUAUUGUUAAUGGGUUCAAAGAUGAUUAACCUGAACUAUUAUCCAAUUUGUCCAAACCCAGAGCUGACGGUGGGGGUUGGCCGGCACUCCGAUGUGUCAACACUCACAAUCCUCCUUCAAGAUGAUGUAGGUGGUCUAUACGUGAGAGGGAAUAGUGGUGAUAGCUGGAUAAAUGUUCCACCAGCUUCCAAUGGAUCUCUUGUCAUUAACGUUGGUGAUGCUCUGCAAAUUUUGAGCAAUGGUCGUUACAAGAGUGCAGAACACUAUGUUAUUGCUAAUAGAAGUAGGAACAGAGUCUCAAUUCCCUUCUUUGUCAAUCCAAGGCCCAAAGACAUGAUAGGUCCUUUACCUGAAGUGCUAGAGAUUAAUGGAGAGAAACCAUUAUAUAAGCAAGUUCUGUAUUCUGACUAUACUAGGCACUUCUACAGGAAAGCCCAUGACGGGAAGAAGACCAUAGACUUUGCUGUAAUUUGAUAU